GGAAUUUUGCUUGGUGUUAUGAAAGGUGUCUGUGUCAUUCCCACUACAAACGUAGUUAUUUUUACUCUUAAAUUUUGAAUGAUUAAGUUAAACUUUAGUUAAACAACCGAAAGACUGAACAGAGUGCCACACUUCAGACAGACGGAGCUCGUUUCCAGCCGACGACACUUUAUUGUGUCCCGUGUGGAUAUUUGAGUGGACCAUGAAGGCUGAAAUGGAUAAAAUCGUCUCCCUGUUUGAUGGAGACAGAGCGUCAGAGCUUCAGAAGUAUCUGUCGUCUUUAACAAAUAAUCAACUAAUUACUGUGAUAACCAAUAGCGCACUUAAGGGCAAGAACGUCGGUACCAUGAUUAAAGGCAUAUUAAAAGGAUCCCCUCCUAAUUCCGCUGAGGGGUCCAAACGCAGACUGCUUGUAUAUGAACACUGCAUCCCUUUGUGUGAAUCUGGGGACCUUCAGGCAGAGGUUGCUGCAGAUAUCAUUGGACUGCUGAUGCUUGAGACUCAUGCUCUGUCCGGGCCAUCUCUAGCACAACUGGCGUCUCUGUUUGUUGACGCCAUUAAAGUGGGGAAAAUGGGCAGCGGAAAAUCUCUGGAGCUGUUUCCUACUAUUCUCACUGCCCUCGCUGGCUGUGAAACCUUGUCAUAUGGGAAAGGUGAACUCAGUGGUGAAGAAUACAAGAAACAGCUAAUUAACACCCUCUGUUCAAGCAGAUGGGACCCACAGUGUGUCAUCUACUUGACAACAAUGUUCAGGGAUGUGCCCCUGUCAUCAGAGGAACUGCAGUUUCUGGUAGAGAAAGUGCUGAGAAUGUUCUCUAAGCUGGAUCUGCAGGAGAUCCCUCCUCUGGUUUACCAGCUGCUGCUUUUAUCUGCUAAGGGCUGUAAGAAGCAGGUCCUUGAUGGAGUCAUCGGUUACUUUAAAGAGCAAGACAUUCGCCAGGAAGAAGAGCAGAAACAUGGAGAGAGCUUGGAUCUCGAGGUUCAGUCAAUUCCACAGGACCAGCUGAGACACGUGGAGGGCACUGUUAUCCUCCAUAUUGUCUUUGCUAUACGACUGGACCACGAACUCGGAAGAGAGUUCCUCAAAAGUAUCAAGAUGUCCUACGGAGACUUAUGUCCUUUCAGUGUGGCCCUGUUGCUCUCUGUCACACGCAUUCAGCGUUAUGAGGAGCAGGUGUAUGAGCUUUUGAAAGGGGCCGUUAUCAAGAGCUUCAAGGAUGAGCAGCUGCAGCAGGGGUCAAAGUUCCUUCAGGACCUCCUUCCAGGACACUGUAGUGUGGCUCAGAUGAUACUGGACACGGUCAAGAACAGUGUGUUCGGGUGGGAUCAUGUCACUCAGGGUUUGGUGCAACUGGGCUUUUUCCUUAUGGACACAUUUGGACCCAAACCUGGACCAUUCGGCAAAAGCACAGAGGGGGUGGUUAGUGUGGCACGGACCCCCACGCAGCUGGCCUGUAGGCUGGGAAGACAGGUGCUGCUGCAGGGCUUUAAGAUACACGAGCCCAUCCGAGGGGAGAUACUGGAGCAGGUGUUGAACCGACUGGUCACAAAGACGGCUUCACCCGUCAGUCAUUAUUUAGAUCUUUUCUCUGACAUUGUGGUUUCUGCCCCAAUGAUCCUCCUGGAGUCCUCCAGCAAGGUCACGGAAACGUUCGACCACUUGUCAUACCUGCCUUUGGCAACCGUUCAGGGUUUGCUAAAAGCUGUUCAGCCACUCCUCAAAGUCAGCAUGUCUUUAAAAGACGCUUUAAUUCUUGUUCUCCGCAAGGCGAUGUUUUCCAGCCAGCUGGAUGGCAGGAAGUCUGCCGUGACCGGCUUUUUGUUACUGCUGAAGAACUUCAAAGUGCUGGGCAGCCUGGCCUCAAGCCAGUGUAGCCAGGCAGUCUCUUCCAGCCAGGUCCAAGUGGAUGUCCAUUCCCGUUACAACUCCGCUGCCAAUGAGGCGUUCUGUCUAGAGAUCCUCAGCAGCCUGCGGCGCUGCCUCAGCCAGCAGGCUGAUGUGCGCCUCAUGCUCUAUGAGGGUUUCUAUGAUGUCCUCCGUCGCAACUCUCAACUUGCAAGCUCCAUCAUGCAAACCCUCCUCACACAGCUGAGGCGGUACUACGAGCCUGAACAAGACCUUCUGCCGCCGGUGAAACUGGAGCCAUGCAUCACCGCCCAUGGAGACCAGGUCUAUCUUCAGGAGCCGCUGGCACAUCUGCUGAGCUGCACUGUCCACAGCCUGCUGUGGCUGCACAGCAUGAGGCAGGCUGCUGCCGCCAGUGGCGAUGACAGUGACGAAGACGAGGAGGAGGAGGAGGGUUAUCAGUCUGACCUACAGGCAAUCCUAGAGAGCACAACACGGCGCAUGAUCAAGUGUGAACUGGAAGACUUUGAACUGGACAAGUCUGCAGAGUUUUCCAUGGGAUCCAGCGUGGGAGUGAAGAAUAACAUCUAUGCUGUGCUGGUGAUGGGCAUGUAUGAGGUCCUCAUAGAGUACAACUUCAUCAAAGCCAGCUACAAUAAAAGUCGCUUUGAGGAGCUUAUUGAGCUGUUCAACCACUACAACAAGCUGUCUGAGAUCUUGAAGGAGAAAUCCGGAAAAGGCAGAGUGCCUUCAAACAAGACCUCCCGCAGUCUACUCUCCAUGGGCUUCGCAUCAACUCUCGUCACUGUGCUCUUCAGAGACAACAGCCAAAGCAGAGAGGAGGCUCUGUCAGUGCUUCGCUCAAGUGGAGAAUUUGUGCGUUAUGCACUAAGUGUAGUUGUACAGAAGAUCCAGCAGCUGGAGGAGACUGGACACACCGACGGCCCAGAUGGCCAAAAUACAGAAAGGACUUUCCGCUUCCUCUGUGACAUGACAAGCGUGCUGAUGUGGCGUUACACCAACAUCCCCAGCGUGGUGGAGGAGGCAGGGAAGAAGGAGAAGCGCUCCAGUCUGUCCCAGCUGUGUUUGGAGGGGCUUCUCAGGAUCUUCACGACCUGCCAGCAGCGCUUCCCAGACAAGAUGGCCCAGCUCCUCUCUGCCAUGGAGAUUGCAGAAGCAGAAGAAGAUCCAGAGCAAGACGAUGUAACGGAGAUGAACUACUUUUAUAUCAGACAAUUUCAGAGGGCGCUAUUCACACAGUUAAGUGGAGGCGAGGAUGAAUUUAACAGCAGAGAGGCUCAGCUGCUGGUCAGCAUUUUGAGUGUGCUUUCCCGCCAGCUAAAGCCCUCUUCCAAACAGGUAAGACUCAACAUUUUUUGGACCUCUUUAAGCAGUGUGAAGGUUAUCCAUGGGAACUCAUCCUUAUUCAAUGGUCAGUUUGUUCAGAUGAUCACCUGGACUGUGAAAGUCUGCAAGGAGACUAGUUUUGAGGAUUCUGCCUUCUCCAAAGGGCUGCUGUCCCUUCUCUUCAACCUGCACGUUUUAUUCAAGAGUCCUGUGAGCUUGCUGCUAGAGCUCUGCCAAGACAUUCACAGCCAGCUUGGAGACAUUGAUCAGGAUGUGGAGGUGGAAAAGCAGUCUCACUUUGCCAUUGUGAACAUGAAAACUGCAACGACGGCAGCACUGCUGAUCCUGUCUCAGGUGGACAAAGUGCUAGACGAAGUGGACUGGCUCAUUGCCAGAAAGAAAAGCCAGUCGGUUUCUGAGAAAUCUGGCUCAGACGAGGCCACCCAGGCUGCAGACCACCAGGAUCCAGUUGAGAAAGCGGUGACACUUCAGCUCGGAACUCUGUUGACGGCGUUAAAUGAGCUGGUCCAGACGGCCCUUCUUCCAGGAACCUGCACCCUCACACUGCUGCGCGUGCUGAGCCGUACUUACGCCAUCCUCACUACCCUCGUCAAAUACUACAUCCAGGUGUGCAGCAGCCAGCGCUGUGGGCUGCCAGCUCGCUUUGAGAAGCUGGUGAAACUGUCCGGCUCCCACCUAACACCCCAGUGCUACUCCUUCAUCACAUAUGCACAGAGUGGAGAAUCCAGUGGUGGAGGAGCAGAUGACAAGAAGAAAAAGAGAAAGAAUGAAGUCAACCCAGCUGCUUCUGCAAAGCUUCUGCGUGAGACAAAAGCCAUCCCGAACUUGAUAUUCAGCAUCGAACAGUAUGAGAAGUUCCUCAUCACACUCUCAAAGAAGUCUAAGGUAAAUCUGAUGCAGUACAUGAAGCUGAGCACCUCAAGAGAUUUCCGCAUCAAUGCUGCAACUCUGGAUGCAGCGCUGCAAGAGCAGGACGACAGCCAGGAGACCACAGUGUCUCAGGAGGCAGAGGAAGCACAGGAACCCAAACAGAAGAAGAGGAAACAGUGA